AUGCCCAAGCGCCUACUCCGUUAUGCCCUUUCCCGCUUGGACCUGUUGGAUGACGAAGCCCUCGACAUGGAAAACCUAGAUUUGGCGCUGGGAAGAAAGACCGUCUUUGAGUUUAGAGAUGUAGGGAUCAAACUGGAGAAGCUUCAAAAGUUACUCAGCCUGCCUCCUACGUUUGGACUAGAAAGAGCAAAAGUACUGCUGCUCCGAGUCACGAUACCCAUGGAUUUUUACACAAGUCCCAUCAUCGUCCAAGUCCACGGCGUCAACGUGCGAUUGAGAAUAGCUGCUGGGGAUACAGCCAAGCCAGACCAUCCGGCAAGCUCACAACCUCAGCACCCGAGCUCGGUGGUCCCCAACACGGCUGAUUUGGCGCAGUCCUUCUUGGAGACGGAACCGCUCUCGGAAAGAAAACAGCUGGAAGCUGCUCUUGCCGCCGAAUCUGCUGAUCUUGGUGCCUCGGUGACGACGAGCGACGCCGGAAGCGAAGAUGAUUUGCAAUUGGGCACAGGCCAGCCCUUAUCAUUACCGGGGUUCCUGACCGACUUUUUGCAGGGCAUCGUGGACAGAACGCAGGUGACGAUCGAGAAUGUGGCUUUUCAGCUGGAUCUGGAAGUACCUGCCGAGUUCAAUUCGUCGAGAAUGGAGCCCGUCUCUUUCCAAGUUGUUCUUGGGCAAGUUGAAGUCGAGGGGAUCACUACGGGUACACAAACGGGGCCAGAGGGCACGCCUCCAAUGGCUCACCAAGAGGGCGAACGGCACAUUUCUCUGACAAGUAUCCGGGCUUGUUUGAUAUCUGAAGCAGAGGCCUUCGCUGGGUUGACCCGUUCACCUUCAACAGCCUCGCCCUCUCUCGCUCCUUCGCCAACAAUGACACGAAAUCCUCCUUCGCGGCAGCCGACGCUGCUGUCCCAAGGCAGCUUUCAUGAGCGGCCGAUGGCAAUGCCGAGGGAAAGUUUUCGUGAGCGCCCAUGUGAUGACGCCGCCUCGGACAUCCACGACCAUCCUCUGGUAGACAGCGAAGAUGCCCUGGCGAUACCAUACGACCUGUCAGAGGUGGAGAGGUCGCUCGAAGAAUAUUUUGAAGGUGACCUUGAUGAUCAAGAAGAGCCUUCAACCCCUCGAGCGUCGACCUACCUUGACUCCAGCGACCUGCCUCAUGCUUCGGUCCUGUUCCACUCCACGAUUGAAUCAGGGCAUCAAUCGCCGACGCAGUCACGCACUGCGAGUGCACUGCUUCGGACGGCCAUGGCGGAUGCUCCCGAUAACCUAGCACACGCAGAGUAUUUUCACGACACCAACUCCCCGAACUCCAUUUUCUCUGGGCCGCGUGGAGAAACGGCCGCGGAUGUGGCCGCCCGGCCGAGCUCCGUGGUCGCCUCUGCGACUGAUCUAAGCCACUCGCAUCUUUACAGCCACGAAGAAGCCGAGAGUAUGUACAUGAGCGCCUUUUCACAAGCAGAUAACCGACCAAGGUUCAGGACGGGGCAGCAGUUAGGGGAAGCCGAAACUUUAGAAAGACCCCAAGAAGACUCGAUGGGCUUUGCAGGUGUUGACGAAUCCCAACUUCUGGGCGACCCUCAAACAGCAGAGGAUUCUCAAGUCAUCGACAAAGCCGGCACCCCGCAAUCAGAAGCGACGCCGGACAACACAGGAGGCCCCGCAGCAGGGGAAGCUGAAUCCUUGACUGAAAUUGACGCACCUGAGGAACCCAGACCGCGAACGCCAGCAAUGCCAGGAGCCUGGGAUGAUAGCGCGGAUGACAUCCCCGAUGGCUCCCUGAAGUCAAAAAUAAAACCGCCUGAAAAAGAAGAGGCUGGAUCCGAUACCGACAGCACUGUAUCGUCCCCUGCCUUUAGCAGAGCCUCGUUGUUGCAACAGCCUCCGAGAUUCCGUGAUUCCAUCCGUGCUUCUGCGUACCACGGCACAGAAACCCCGAAAAGCCCGCCAAAGCUUGUCAAGGAGAUUCUACAGCUCGACAAGAUUUCGAUUUACAUUCAAUCACCUCAACAUCAUAUGUGCCUCCAGACGGACUCGCCCGAAUCAUCGCGUCGACUUUCGCAGUCAUUGGGACAUUCUACAUAUCCGCAGGCGCCAGGGGCGUUCUCGAUACACAGUUCUUCGCCGCCCGGGCAUCCCCAGCCUGCCUCCCAGGAGACCGACGACUCUGAGGUUUCUGCAUCAGUCAAAGUCCAUCUGUCACCGAUCCACAUCAACCUCGAUGCGUCUAUUGCAUUUUUGUCAGCAAUGGUUGUGAAUCGGUUACUGAAAGCUUUGAGACCUGAGAAGCCGCGGGCAACGCAAAAACCACCAGCAGCAGCACAACAAGAGGGAAGGCCGACGGCCACGCCUCGCAUCGACAUUGUGGCCGAGGCAGUCGCCGUCAACUUUCUGAACAAACUACACGGCAUGUUUGACCCGCCGCAACAGCGGAGGGAGUUUUCCGCGUUCGGUGCGGACCAAGAGGCCCUCCUGAACCUAAGCCUUUUGAAUCUUAGAAUCUCGUCCUCGCCACUGCAGCCAAAUAGCACGGUUCCCACGGCUGCAAAGGUGUCGCCUAAACGGGGCGACAUCCUGACAAAGAUUGAACUAGAAAAGCUUCGAUUUGGAUAUGCCAAGGGCGAUAUUCUGUCGUUUGGCAGUGCACGGCAGUUGAGCUCAUCUGUAAGAGACUCUUUCAUCUCAGCUGGCCAUGACAUUGGGGUCGAGAUUUUGCAGUCUGACGGCGCGAUCCGGACAAACGUAGAGACGCUCCCUCUGAUUGUUCAAAUCGACCUGCAACGACUUGACGAGACCUUUGGCUGGUUUGGCGGGCUCAGCAGCUUCCUGAAUAUGAGCGCAUCGGUGGCAUCUAGUCCACUGUCGCCAAAGUCAGCAGAUACCUCCUCUCUGCCGAGAACACGAGGUGUACGAUUCGACACCCCCAUUGAUCCUCAGGACAAGUCGGACGCAUCGCAAAAUAAAAUCAACAUCAGGGUCGGGGCAAUGGUCGUCGAGCUUGUGGGCAAAGAUUGCAGUGUGGCUGCAGAAGCAAGCGCGCUGAAGAUUGUAAGCCGAGACGAAGGCAUAGGGUUUGGCUGCAGCAGACUCCGGGUUUCCGGGCCCUAUUUGAAGAACUCUCUGGCAGACCCAGCCAUAACCACAGAUAUUGGUGGUAUGCGACUCGAGUUUCUCCUGGCACCGAAGGAUGCGGACCUGGAAAAGUUGCUGGAGCUCAUCAUCCCAUCCAAGGUCAAGUUUGACCACGAGAAUGACGAGGUCAUGGUCGAUACUCUUUUGCGUCAGAGGAGAAAGGGAUCAGUGUUGCGAGCAACCUUGGAGACGGUCAAUGUGCACGUGAAAAAUGUCGCUCAGCUGUCUGCCCUUCCCGCACUCGGGGACGAAAUAGUCAAACUGGCCGCUGUCGCCAAGUAUCUUCCGGAAGAUGACAGGCCUGGCUUGCUGACUCUGACGCGGGUUCAAAAAGCAUCGAUCAACUGCGAACUCCCUGAACCUAUCGGACACUUGGCUUGUGACCUUUGUGAGCUUGAAGUUGGCCAGAUUACGGUACCCUCGCUCGUGGCGGUGGCGGUACACGGAAUCCACAUCCGGAGAAACAAGACCGAGGAGCUCGUCAGCUCCAGCCUAUUUGAAAGCUCGGCGGGAUCGACGGCCGCCAACGGCCCAGUCCUCAUGGUGCGCAUGAUUGGAGACGAGAUGGAGCCCAUCAUCAAACUCAAGCUUCAAGACCUGAGAUUCGAAUAUCGGGUCGAGACGAUCAUGGACUUUCUCCACCUGGGAAGCGAUGCCACCCCACAGGAUUUUGAAGCUGGGCUAGCAGCUUCGGUGGCGAAUCUGGGUGAUCAAGCUCACACGGCUCUCGGACGACAGCAGCCGCCACCAAACGCAGCAAAGGGCGCGACUCCAAGCAAGCCUCCGACUCUGGACGUCGGGCUCAGAGAUUGUGUGAUUGGGUUGAAUCCCUACAAGCUGCCUUCCAAGUUGGUAGUGGCGCUGACUGAUGCCCAUCUCGAGGCUGUCUUGCCGAGCAAUGGGCGAACCAAGGUGUCCGUUGGCAUCAGCAAAGCAUCUGUUCUUCUGACCGACGACCUGAAGCAAAUCGUUGCGACGGGAGACCGCCCUGGGGUGCCAAGAGUUCGAUCAUCCUCGUCGGUGUCGCGGCAGGUAGAGGAGAUGUGCGCGCGUGGAUUUGUGGAUAUAUGCUACAUCUCCUCUGCACGUAUCGUGGCGCUGGUUUUCCCCGGCUCGGAUGACGAUGCCCGGGUCGAAGUCGAAGUACGAGACGAUCUCCUGGUGCUCGAGACGUGCGCCGACUCCACCCAGACGCUCAUCACGCUGGCCAACGCGUUGACACCGCCAACGCCGCCUGCAAAGGAGAACAAGUACAGGACCAAGGUGCUCCCGGUGCAGGACUUGCUGGCUUCCAUCUCCGCAGAAGCGUUUGGCAGACCGGAGGGCGACUACGACUUUGAUCAAGACUUUGCUGGCGCCAGGGAAAUGGCCGGAAGCGGGUCAGAGGACGACUUUGGCAGUGAGAAGAUGCUGCCGGUCGACCUCUGUUUUUACGGCCCGCAACCUGCGGGCGAGGAGCUGUUCGACGCGACCAAGAGUAUGCACUCGCCGCAAGACGCGCUCAUGGAAGACACGGACGAAGGCGUUUUGCUCACGGGGUUGAAUCAAUCGAGAAGCGUCUCAUCUCAGAGCACCGAUGAUCUGGUCAUUCACGACAACUUUUACGAGCAGGCUGCACCCGAGGAGCGCACAGCCAUGGUUUGGAACUCUGGCAGCAACUCUUACGACCUAGCGCCAGCCAGGUUGGUACGGGAUAGCCCUCUCAAAGUUUCGGUGCGCGAUGUGCACAUCAUCUGGAAUCUUUUCGACGGGUACGACUGGGUGAACACGCGCAGCAUCAUUACCAAGGCGGUCGAGGACGUUGAGACAAGGGCAACGGAGCGUCAAUCCCGCCGACCUGGCGGCAUGCAGGUGUACGAGGAGGAGGCGGAGGACGAGGAGACGAUUGGCGACUUUCUCUUCAACUCGAUCUACAUAGGAAUCCCCUCCAACCGUGACCCGCGGGAGCUCGCGCGCGCCAUCAACGAAGGUCUCAACGACAACGGCACAGAGACAGAAUCCGUCGUCACCACGACCGUGACGACGAGCACGAAUCGAACCGCGCGGCCGCCUCACGCCAAGUCGAGGCGCCUCCGCCUCAACCGCAGCAAGCACCACAAGAUCACGUUUGAGCUCAGGGGGGUCAACGUGGACCUGGUGUCGUUUCCUCCCGAGUCUGGCGAGACGGUAGGCAGCAUCGACGCGAGGAUUGAGCAUGUUGACAUUUUCGACCACGUGCCGACGUCGACCUGGAAGAAGUUUGCCACGUACGACCAAGAUCACGGAGAGCGCGAAAUGGGAACCAGCAUGGUUCACAUUGAACUGCUGAACGUGAAGCCGAUCCCGCAGCUCGCAGCCUCCGAAAUGGUGCUGCGAGCGACCGUGCUGCCGCUCCGGCUGCACGUGGAUCAGGAUGCGCUGGAUUUCAUCACGCGCUUCUUCGAGUUCAAGGACGACGGCGUGCCCGUGCACGCCUCUCCCAGCGACGUGCCGUUUCUGCAGCGCGCCGAGGUCAUGGACGUGCCCGUCAAGCUGGAUUUCAAGCCCAAGAGGGUUGACUACGGCGGCCUCCGAUCCGGACACACGACCGAGUUCAUGAACUUUAUCGUGCUCCAAGAGUCGCGGAUGGUGCUGCGCCACGUCAUCAUCUACGGCAUAGCAGGCUUUGACCGUCUCGGGAAGACGCUGAACGACAUCUGGAUGCCGGACGUGCGGAACAACCAACUCCCCGGGGUUGUGGCCGGGCUGGCCCCGGUGCGCUCCCUGGUCAACAUUGGCAGCGGGUUCAGGGACCUGGUGGAGAUUCCGCUCCGCGAGUACCAGAAGGACGGCAGGGUCAUACGGAGCAUUUCCAAGGGCGCCGCGGCGUUUGCCCGGACGACGGGCACCGAGCUGGUCAAGCUGGGCGCGAAACUGGCCGUGGGGACGCAAUACGCCCUCCAAGGCGCCGAGGAGAUGCUCACGGAGCGCGGGCAGGCGGAGGGCGGCCGGGAAGGAGACGACGUGGAUGCCGAGGACAGGAAGCAGAUAUCGCUGUACGCAGACCAGCCGACGGGGGUGUUGCAGGGCAUACGCGGAGGGUUCAGGUCCCUGGCGCGAGACGUGAACCUCGCCAGGGAUGCCGUCAUCGCGGUGCCGGGGGAGGUCAUGGCCACGCAGUCGGCCGUCGGGGCGGCCAAGGCGGUGCUGAACAGAGCGCCGACAAUCAUAUUCCGGCCGGCCGUGGGCGUGACCAAAGCCAUUGGGCAGACGCUGAUGGGAGCGACGAAUGCUCUCGAUCGCGAAAACAGGAGGCGCAUUACCGAGAAAUACAAGCACUGA